AAUUAUAACUCUUUUAUUCAAAAUUUGAUCCUCUUCCUUCAACUGUUGGUACUACUGUGUCGCCGGGCGGUUAAGUAUAAUUUUAAUAAUAUUUUCCGCUAGAGGCGCUGGUAUUUUACGUCGACGUUUACUAUUCGUUUCCGGUUUACGUUGUAGCUUAACGACGUUGUUCAUUUUUCAUUAUACAUCCGUUUGCACAUAAUAAUCGUAUACGCAAAUGGCGACUGCCGUACCUUCGAGAUUUGCUGUUCUCAGCAUUGAUGAUGACGAUUGUAAGCCGAAGAAAACUCAGAAGAGUGUUACUGCUGGUAAGACAAAUCAAAAAUCUAAAAAUGAUAAAGCGAAGCAACAGCAACAACAAAAGAAGGAUGACAAGAAAAAACAAAACAAGGGAAAAAAGAAAAAGCCCAAUAAUAAUAACAGUGAUAACCAACAAUGGGAACAGUGGAAACAAAAAGAUACAAUGGCUGUCGAGGAAACAUUUGAGCAAGAGUUGCAUCAAGCCAUCUUACUGUCAAAGCUGUCUUAUGAAGAGCAACUAGUAAAUGCAGCUAAAUCAGAAAAAGAACCGGAGCCAAAUAAGAAAUCAGGGAAAAAGUCGAAAAAAGCUACUAUGUCAUUGGAGGAAUUCAACAAUAUGGGAUCCAAUGCUCCUCAAGAGAUAGUUUUACCCCCUGAAACCGGAGACAAUAAAUCGAAAGAACCGGAUGUAGAAUUUUUCGAAAGAGUCGAGAAAGAAACAAAAGAAGAGAUUACAAAAGGAAAAGAAAAGGAUAUAUUGAAGGCAAGAUUCAAUAAAAUUGAUGAUGAUAUCACAUCUGCUCAAUUAAGGGUGGAAGUGGAGAAACGUGACGAAAUUAUUAAAGAGUUAAGAACGCAGGUCGAUAACUUAAAGGAAGAAUUGACACAGGUUAAGGAACGGAAUAAAAAGCUUUAUCAAAUACUAUCUCACGGGGAAAUGAAAGACAAAGCUUCAGUAUUGGCCGAAGUAGCGAAAUUACAAGAAAUACGAGAUGAAUUGACAACAGAGGUGGCAUCUCUCCAUGCACAAUUAGAACAAGAAAGGUCCAAAACGCGAGCUACUAAUACGGACGCGAAACCGUCGAAACAAACUAAUAAGAAGAGACCCGCUAGUGAAAAUGCCUAAAAUACAAAAUAUUUUUAUUGAAUGUGUAAAGUACUAAACCAUUGUGAUCUACAAAGCUUAAUUUACUGCUAAUGAUUAAUCAGUUAACAGUCUUAAGACUGAUGUGUAAUUAUUAAAAGUUAAGAUCUCAUAGAAAUGUACCACGUACUUGACAUCUAAUUAUAUAAAGACUUUUUAAGUACAUAUUUUUUAGAUAUAUAAUUCAUUCGAUAAAAAUAUGAACGUGUUCGUAUUUUUCUAAACUGUAUACUUUUAUUUGUAAUUCGUCCUAUUAUUUUCACGAUACGUCUUUACACGAAACUCGUGCAACAUAAUCUUCCAAAUUCUACGAGAACCUAUGUUAGUGAGUAGACACUAUGUGAAAUAUUUUGUAAUAAAUAUAUUCAGUAUA